ACACACACACACACUAGCUCCGAUAACUACACACGCAACAGUCACGCCAUGGAAGACUCGAUGGAAAAGGUGGCAAAGAGCUGUGGCAGGGAGCUGCACGCAUUCCAAAAUUGCAUCCUCUCCAACCCAAGCAACCCCUCUCUCUGCGAACCCCAAAAAGCCUCCCUCUCAGCCUGCGCCUCCUCUGCCAUUCCCCUCCUCUCCGCCAUCAAGUCCCAAUGCGCUCCACAAAUCAAUGCCUUUGAUUCUUGUUUAAAGAGCAAUGCUUCAGAAGAAGUGAGCGAUGAGGUCAUGGAAAAGAAGUGUGGAGGUGCAUUGACGGAACUUUGGAGAUGUACGGAAGUGGUGAAACGGAGAGAGGGAUUGAAGGCGGGAGAGGCAGUGCCUGUUGGGAGUCCGGAGGGGAGACAAGUGCACAGAUGAGGUGGAAGAGAUGUUACAAGAGAAAUACAAAAGAGCAUUGAAGAAAUUUUUUGUCGGAGCUGUCAUCGCAAUCUCACAUUGGUUCAAGGUGCUUCGAGACCGUC